CGCUUUUCCCCCACUCACCUCUCUCUCUAUUUGUUCCCCAUCUCCUUCAAUUCUGCAAACCCUAACUUUCUCAUUCGGCGCUCAAGUUGUUAUAACUCUGUCUCUUUGAGAUUUGGUACGAUGAUGCUGCGUGCUGUCAUAAGGAGAGCUUCAAGUAGAGCCUCUUCUGCUUCUUCUCUGGGAUUUGGAAAAUCACUGCAAUCAUCUCGCGUUGCAGCGUCUGCGCAAAGCUUUCACUCUGUUUCAUCAACAGAUACCAUUGUGCCUCGUGGAAGCCAUGCUCGUAGCUUCCAUCAUCGUUCUUGUCCAGGGUGUCCAGACUGCUCCAGGACUGUUUCCAGCAGCUUCCGAGGCACAACCCUGCAAAGAUGGGUCAGGCCUUUUUCAUCUGAUAGUGGGGAUGUUGUUGAAGCCGUUGUGCCUCACAUGGGUGAAUCAAUCACCGAUGGAACCCUCGCCAGCUUUCUCAAGAAACCUGGUGACAGAGUAGAGGCUGAUGAGGCUAUUGCACAAAUUGAAACUGACAAGGUGACAAUAGAUAUUGCUAGCCCAGCGAGUGGUGUGAUCCAAGAGUUUCUUGUCAAGGAAGGAGAUACUGUAGAACCAGGAAACAAGGUAGCUAUCAUCUCAACCUCUGCAGACGCUGUCUCUCACGUUGCACCCUCAGAAAAGACAGCAGAGAAACCUGCCGCCAAGCCUUCCCCUCCUGCUGAGGAGCCCAAAGUUGAAAGUAGCAAAGUUGCGGAGAAGCCCAAGGCACCAUCACCUCCACCGCCGACUAAACAGUCAGCUAAAGAACCGCAGCUUCCUCCUAAGGAUAGGGAAAGACGGGUUCCUAUGACAAGACUUCGCAAGCGUGUGGCAACUAGGUUGAAAGACUCCCAAAACACUUUUGCCUUGCUUACAACUUUCAAUGAAGUUGAUAUGACUAAUCUGAUGAAGCUCCGGUCUCAAUACAAGGAUGCAUUCUUUGAAAAGCAUGGAGUGAAGUUGGGGCUUAUGUCUGGUUUCAUCAAAGCUGCUGUUAGUGCCCUCCAGCACCAACCAGUAGUAAAUGCAGUUAUCGAUGGAGAUGACAUCAUUUACAGAGACUACGUUGAUAUCAGUAUUGCCGUUGGUACCUCUAAGGGUCUUGUGGUUCCAGUCAUCAGAGGUGCUGACAAAAUGAACUUUGCUGACAUUGAGAAAACGAUAAACUCUCUAGCCAAGAAGGCUAAUGAAGGAACCAUAUCAAUCGACGAGAUGGCUGGAGGAUCAUUCACUGUAUCUAACGGUGGUGUCUAUGGAAGUCUCAUUAGCACUCCUAUCAUCAACCCUCCUCAGUCUGCUAUACUUGGAAUGCAUUCAAUCGUGCAACGUCCAAUGGUUGUGGGAGGAAGCGUGGUACCGAGGCCGAUGAUGUAUGUUGCGCUCACAUAUGAUCAUAGGCUGAUUGAUGGAAGAGAGGCUGUGUAUUUCUUGCGCCGUAUUAAGGAUGUUGUGGAAGAUCCUCAGAGGCUUCUUCUCGACAUAUGAUGACAGAAAGAUUCUGAGAAGACAGAAGAGAUCACAAGUCUUUUGAUCUUUGUUUCCUUUACAGAUUUGCUAUCUGAGAAAAAAAAAACUGAACUACUUUUUCGAGUACUGGGCUGGGAAAGCCUCUCGGUGUAUUGAGUUUAUUUAUUUUAUAUACAGUUUGAACAAAAUGUUACAAUUUUGACUUAAAUAAUGUCAUUGAUUUUUAUUGGGAUUUUCACUUC